UCCAAAACCCCAAUUACAGGCUUCUUCGGCAUCUCAGACAAUGGAAAUAGAUUCAAUGUUAGCUGAAAUUGAUGCAAUACGGGUCCAGGGUGGUGACGUGAACAUCGCUAGUUUGGAAGAUUUUCACUGGGCCCUCAUAUAU